CAGGCUGCACGUCUCGAACCCGCGCACCUAUAAAUAAAACCUUCAUGUUCGGAACUCCGCGGAAAUCGAACUGUCCAUUUUUAAAAUGAUUGUGUUUUGUUUAUAAUGUGUUUGGGGAUUUUGUGACCUGCAUUUUCGGAGGCUGUUUGUUGAAAAGCUUUAGAGGUUGACAAGAUGACUCCAGACAACGCGUUGAACUCCCAAAGGGUGUUCAAAAAGUCAUCACCCAACAACAAGCUGACAAUGUACCUGGCGUCACGUGACUUGGUGGUGCAAAACGGGAGUAUCGAUAAAAUACAGGGUGUUCUACACGUGGAAUCGGGCAAUUUGGAGAACAAGAAGCUAUUUGGACAAGUUACGCUGACCUUUAGAUACGGUCGCGAAGACGAAGAAGUAAUGGGGCUUAAGUUCUGUAAUGAAGCAAUAAUGAGUCUCACUCAGAUCUGGCCUGUGGGUUGCAAUCACGACAAGCACCCGACUUCAGCACUUCAGGAGGCACUUAUAAAGCGUUUAGGAGAAUUUGCGUUUCCAUUCCACUUGGAAUUAACCCACCUAGCGCCACCUAGCGUCCAAUUAGUGCCAGCUAAGCAAUACCACGGUGCACCUAUUGGAACCUCAUAUGAUGUUCGGGCUUAUAUAGCGGAUCAAAUCGAUGAGAAAAUUUCACGUCGCAACACAGUCCGUAUGGGAAUCCGAGUCCUUCAAGGUCCAGGUCGACACCAGCCACCUGUUUUGCCUCCCCACACCACACACCACGCCCUGAGCGCGCUAGCACAUCACAACGUACUCAGACUUAAAGCAAAAACAAAAUUGCAACCGGACCAAAGCAGUCGACAGAAAGAGGAAAUUGAGAACGUGGAGCCAGCGCCACCUCGCGUCGCGGUUGAAAAGCCUUUUCUACUUUCUGACGGCAGGGUAGAACUAGAAGCUUGGCUCGACAAGGCGACAUAUUUCCACGGCGAAUCAAUCAAUGUCAGCGUACUCAUCACAAACCACUCGUCAAAAACUAUUCGACGGAUAAAGGUCCUAGUGAUACAACAUGUAGAUGUAUGCAUGUUCUCAAAUGGGAAGUUCAAAAAUGUAGUGGCACUCCUACAAGGAUCAGGGACACCAAUUCCACCUGAGCAGACCCACAAUGAUUCAUAUGUACUAACACCUCACAGAGGUGUCACCAAAAAUUGGAUAGCACUCGAGGACUCCUAUUCAAAAACUGGUGCAAGUCUAGCUUCAACUGUUCUAUGUAACUCCGAGUCUAAUGAUGAUCGUAAUGUAUUCGCUAUUUACGUGUCCUACUAUGUGAAAGUUAAGUUAACACUUAGCGCAAUGGGUGGGGACGUUUCCGUCAAACUACCAUUUACCCUAACCCACUCCUGCAUCAACGAAGCCCCAACUGACAGCGUAACAGAAGAAGCAACCCAUAAAAUGAUUCUAGAAGGUAAAGAAAAAAAAGCAGAAGUAAAAGACCAGAACAGCAACGGAGAAACAAUUAAUGAAGCGGAUGAAACGUCGCCAGAGAAUCAUAGAUGCAUUGCGGAUGUGCUGGUAAAUAUUGAGAAUCAAAAGACUAGACCAAAAAUGACUGGACAGAGAGAAACGUCGAUUGUCAAAUGUAAUAAUGAAGAAUUGGAUUUGAUUGAGAAAUAUCCCGGCUCAGAUACGUGAUCCGAUGAAAUAGUAAAAGUUGAAUCGAAUGUAAUGAAUUCGAUUAAGUCGUGUAGUGAGGUCCAAAUGAAGGGUAGCUUUGCAGAGAAUUUGAAAAGAGCUGUCUGUUGUAUUGAUAGAAGAAGACAGUCGUAGUGUUCAUUUCAAUUUAUUUUUUGUAUAUAAUGCUGUUUAAUUCGACAAAAUUUAGUUAUUCUGCUGGGUCUGUGUUCCUAGUAUCCAACUUAAAUAAGUGCACAAAAUUCGUUUUUGAUUUCACUUCUAAAAAAACUCAUUCCAUUUAAUUGUUAACAUCAAAUCAAGGGUACCAAAGACAUUAAAAACUUUAUAGAAAAAUUGAACCAAAGCUUAUUAAAAGAACUCAAUUCGAAAGACUAAACGAAAGUCAAUCAUAGGUUAAAGAGUAGAUUUAAGAAAAAAAUUCUAGUCGUUAUUUUUUUAUGAACAGUGCAUAAAUAUUGGGAUUUCCGAACCGAGUGACGGUUUACCAUCCUGUAAAAUUUGUAUAUACUCAAACUGAAAAAUAAGUUCAAAUAUGGCAAUACACCUUAAAAAUUUCAAAUCGUUAAUAUUCCACACCUGUAGAAAGUAGAUUGAAAUAGUCUUAAAAACUGAACAAAUUAUUCUUUAAACAAAGUUAUUAUUCUUUGAUUUUAUCAACAAUGUAGCCAAAAAUCUAAAACACAACAGUUAUGUAUUAAAUUGUACACAAAAAUCGUAUUCGUUGACAUAGUUUUAAGUUGAUAUUGUAUUAUAUUAUAUAGUAAUGUUUCCCUACAUAAAAUAGUCUCCAAGUUAAAUUUUUUUGGAAUUAUAACAGAUAAAAGUCGGCGAAACUUUUACGCUUAGAUACUAAUACCUAUAUUAAUAGUUCAGUCCUAAGUUAAAUUUUGCGUCUACAAAGUCCUGUCUAGAGAUAUAAUGAGAGAUAAAAUAACGAAUUAUGUUUAUAUAUAUUGUUACGUCAGAUAUUAAAUAGCUUGUCGUACUGUUACUAUCGUCUUAGUAGCUUAUAUUAUUUUCUCACUUAAAAGAAAAAAUGUGUAUACAAAAUUAAAAAAAAAUUGUAUGUAUUUAGGUUUUCAAUAAUAUAUUUCAUCCGCAAUCAGAGUUGACCUUUACAUUUUUUAUCUAUUUACUUUGGUAGUAAUAUCAAUUAAACUCUGCUAAUCAUCUAUUACCCUAUUAAUUGACUACUGAUUAAAGUAGUAGUUUCCGUUUGGAUUUUAAUUAUCCUUACCUAAAAACUUAUAAAAAAUCUUUACGAAAGUGCAUAUCGUUGAAAGAACGACUCUGUGCGUUAAUGUUCGGAUAAAUGCUCUAACAUAUUCACCACUACGAGUGAAAAAACUGUAUCUGUACAGGGCCAGCCAUUAAUAACAAUUAAGCUUGUCUGCACUAAUGUGAAUAAACUGUAAGAGAUUGUCUUAAACAAUAAUAAUGGGUUUGUUCCACAAACAAUAAGUGAAAAACUGUUUGAAUUUAAACAGGUUUAUUAAUUUGUAAAUUCAUUUAACUUUGCUACACUCUCAUUUACUAAUACUUCUUAAAUUAAGGCCGAGAACUGACAGAAACUAUGCCUUUCGAUCGCCAUAUAUGUAUUUAAAACUGAAUAUAAUUUCGAUAUAUUCGGUUUGAUCCGAUGAUAUUUCAUAUGUAUAAAACAUUUUCUUCUAUUUUUAGAACAUUGUGCUGUUUGUAAUCGGUACUAAAUCAACAGACUUUUGAUAUUUUAAUGCUCAAAAACUACGUGAGCCUACCGUAAUGUAACAUUGACAUCAAAAUUUCUUCAGUAGUUUUUAUUAGAAAGUAUAACAAAUGUGCUAACCUAUAUGAUCCUUAAUAACAGUGGUAAUCGAUAGUAGGAUAGAAGUUAUAAUACUUCGGUCUAGUAUUAAUUAAGUUUUAUUAUAAUUUAGGCAAUGCAACUACUUUACAUUGCAGAAAAUGUUGUAAAGAGUACAACUUCAUAUAAUUGUUAAUAAAACAAAAUGCUUUCCACUUUUGGUAUUAAAUAAUAUUUGCUAUAAUAAGCAGCCUACUAUCUUUGUAAUACAUAAGUUAACUAUACUGUUAAAUUCGAUUCUAGAAUUAAUUCAUUUGAUUGUGUGUGUAAAAUAAUGACUGGUGUAAAUAUUUACUGUAAUUUAUUAAAUGUUUUUGAUUA